AUCAGUCACUUGCCUGACACCGGUACCAUGCGUUGCCUCAUCAGCCUUGUUCUUGGCCUGCUGGCCCUGGAGGUGGCCCUCGCUCAGAACCUAGAGGAACAAGUCUUCAACUCAGUUCAGUCCAUGUUCCCAAAAGCCAGCCCCAUUGAGGGCACAGAGUGUAUCAUCUGCCAAACCAACGAGGAGUGUGCCCAGAAUGCCAUGUGCUGUCCCGGUUCCUGUGGUAGGACCCGCAAAACUCCUGUCAACAUUGGUGUUCCGAAAGCUGGCUUCUGCCCUUGGAAUCUACUCCAAAUGAUCAGUAGUACCGGGCCGUGCCCAAUGAAGAUAGAAUGCUCCAGCGACCGUGAGUGUUCUGGCAACAUGAAAUGCUGCAACGUCGACUGUGUCAUGACAUGUACACCCCCAGUGCCAGUGAUAACCCUUCAGUGAGCAGCCGGCCCUGGCAUCCCUGCCUGUCGGGAGUGACCAGCCCAAGUCUAUACAGCAAGACCCUUCACUCCUGGAUCCAGAGAGAACAUAAUGCUUUCAAUCUGCUGCUAAUAAAAAUCCAUUUGGCUUU